AUGGCGACAUCCGAGGGCCUGGAGCCCCCUCCAGAGAUGGGCAAGACAGACCCCGGGGCACAUCAACUAUCUGAGCCAGAGUCUUCAGAUUCAGACGAUCAGUUCACAGAUGCUCAGUCUGGGACCGCAACACCACAUGCAACUUCUCCGAUGCCGAAACCACGAGCUGAGAAUGCCGAUUCAAGCUGCUCUCCCGCCAAAAUUCCAGCCGCAGAGAGAAAAGAGAAAGGGGAAGCCGAUGCACAAUCAGAAGAAAUUGCCCAGCAAGAUGAUCCUAAGACCGAAAUACAGACCGAGAUAUCUAAACAGGAAGUACCUGUUACCGUGUUGGCGCCAGUUGACUCGGCUGAUGCCCCGGAGCGCUUUUCAAGUACCGAUGCCAAGCCAGACGUUGUAUUAGAGAUAGCAGCGGAUGAUGAACAUGCUGAGCAUGGAGGCGAUGAGAACGCGGACGAAGAGGAGGGGGAUGGCUUCGGGGAUGAUUUUGAUGACUUCGAAGAAGGAGGACAAGAUAAUGAUUUUGAUGAUUUCGAGGACGGCUUUCAACAACCACAAGCAACAGCAGCGGCUACACAAGCUCCGCCCACAGUUCAGCCAUCCACACUACCAUUUUCGAUACCCGAUUUCGACGGAUUAGGGCCGGAUGAAGUAAUGUCGACAGCCGAGCCAUGCUUGGACAGCCUGUUUCCCCCCCAAGAGCUAGUCUUCCCUCCUCCGCAGACACUCCCUCAAGAGUCAUCCAUAUUCCUCACUCCAAGAUCGGCCUCACUCUGGUCUCAGCUGGUCGCUCCUCCCCCUCUUGCGCCACCUGACUGGAUUCGGUCUCGCACCCGCCGUCUCUUCCUUGUCUCACUAGGUGUGCCCGUAGACUUGGAUGAAAUUCUUCCAGCAUCCAAGCAGAAGAAGCUGGUUCUUCCUUCUCUCAAGAUACGGGCCUCGUCACCUAGGAGGUCGAGCGAUUCAAGGUCCGCAUCCAGGCUACAACAGAGCGAGGGAAAUGCUUCGUCAACAUCGGUAGAUACGCAGGGCAAGCCCAGGGGCUCCAAAAAGAGGAAAGGACCACCUCCCCAGCCUGAGCUGGAUUUGGUUGCCGCCCGAUACCUCUGCAUGACCACGGACGAGGCGCUGGAUGGCAUGACGAAUGAAGAAUUGAAGGCCCAUGUUUCUAAACUAGAAGCCAUGGAGGGAACAGCCAACGAAAUCCUGGAAUACUGGAAGAAACGAACAGACGAGAAGAUAGGCGAUAGGGAAGCGUUUGAAGGAGUGAUAGAAAACUUGGUCAAGCAUGCACGGAAAGUGAGGAAAUAA